AUGCCUAAGAGUGUGAAGCACCGAGAAGAAGCCUCUUCUGAACGUAGGGCAGAACUUCGUUCCUGUACAGGCAUUUUCAAGCAGACUGCAAUGCAUUACGCACUUAUUGUUGUUGCCCUGGCUGUGACUUUGAUGGAAUGUUUUGCCGCGUUACCGGACUGUGGCAAGGAGAUGCCUAGUGUAGCACCUCCUCUUGACAGCAGUACAAGGAAGAGCUUGUCGGAGGGAGUUCUCGAAAAAGCACAGGGUGGCGAAUUGGAAUACAACUGUUACCUGGAAUACCUUGGAUGGUUGGCAUUGAACGACCCAUCUGACAGUGAGCUGGGAUGGCUUCCAUAUGAAGACACAUACCUUCUCAACUUCAGCAAGAAGGGUGACAAAGGAAACAAACCGACAGAAGAAUUCGUCACCGAGUUGGGAAAAGACACUAAAGUAACGCAAAAACCUUGGAAACGGUUUGGUUGCAACUACAUGUACAAAGAAGGAGAGCAUAAAUACAUGUGCGUCUUCUAUAACUAUUAG